CCUAAACCCUGUUUACCCCAGAAACCUGAACUGUGGACAGACAGAAGAGGGGAGAGAGAGAGAGAGAGAGAGAAAAUUCAGACACAAUAAAACUCUGAGGGGGAAAAUAUGUGGAAGGAGGAGGCAGCGGCGGCCUGGGGAAGGGAUUGAAAAGUUUCCCCCGGCUUUAACUUCUCCCCCCCUGCAGCAGCAGAAGCGGCGGCGGCGGCGGCACAAGCUGACCAAGUAAACAGGUCAUGGCACGCUUAACGAAGAGACGACAGGCAGAUACAAAGGCUAUCCAGCAUCUUUGGGCAGCUAUAGAAAUAAUCCGGAACCAGAAGCAAAUUGCUAACAUUGACCGUAUUACAAAGUAUAUGUCUCGAGUCCAUGGUAUGCAUCCAAAAGAAACCACCCGUCAGCUGAGUUUAGCAGUCAAGGAUGGUCUUAUUGUUGAAACCCUGACGGUGGGGUGUAAAGGGUCAAAAGCUGGUAUUGAGCAAGAAGGAUAUUGGUUGCCAGGAGAUGAGAUUGCCUACGGUAUGCAGCCUUUUUCCCAGACAGCAGCAAAAAACAAGGACUGGGAAACAGAAAAUCAUGACUGGUAUUGUUUUGAAUGCCAUUUGCCUGGAGAGGUGUUGAUAUGUGACCUGUGUUUUCGUGUGUAUCAUUCCAAGUGUUUGUCUGAUGAGUUCAGGCUUAGAGACAGCAGUAGUCACUGGCAGUGCCCAGUUUGCAGGAGUAUCAAGAAGAAAAACACAAGUAAACAGGAGAUGAGCACAUACCUGCGGUUCAUAGUCUCUCGCAUGAAGGAGCGGGCUAUAGACCUGAACAAGAAAGGCAAAGACAACAAGCACCCGAUGUACAGGAGGCUGGUGCACUCAGCUGUUGAUGUUCCUACCAUUCAGGAGAAAGUCAACGAAGGAAAGUACAGGAGUUACGAGGAGUUCAAAGCAGAUGCUCAGCUGCUUCUACACAACACCGUGAUUUUCUAUGGAGCGGACAGUGAACAAGCUGAUAUAGCGAGGAUGCUUUACAAAGACACGUGUCAUGAACUGGAUGAACUGCAGCUCUGCAAGAACUGUUUCUAUUUGUCAAAUGCACGACCUGACAACUGGUUCUGCUAUCCUUGCAUACCUAAUCAUGAGUUGGUUUGGGCCAAAAUGAAAGGCUUUGGGUUUUGGCCAGCCAAAGUCAUGCAGAAAGAGGACAAUCAAGUUGAUGUUCGCUUUUUUGGCCAUCACCACCAAAGGGCCUGGAUCCCUUCAGAAAACAUUCAGGAUAUCACAGUUAACAUCCAUCGGCUGCACGUGAAGCGCAGUAUGGGUUGGAAGAAGGCUUGUGAUGAGCUGGAACUGCACCAGCGUUUCCUUCGUGAGGGGAGAUUUUGGAAAUCAAAGAAUGAGGAUAAAGGGGAAGAAGAGGCAGAAUCUAGUAUCUCUUCCACCAGCAAUGAGCAGCUGAAGGUUACUCAGGAACCAAGAGCAAAGAAAGGACGACGUAACCAGAGUAUGGAACUCAAGAAAGAAGAGCCAGAACCUGAAACCGAAGCAGUAAGUUCAAGCCAGGAAAUUCCCACAAUGCCUCAGCCCAUUGAAAAAGUUUCAGUCUCAACUCAGACCAAGAAGUUAAGUGCCUCUUCUCCAAAAAUGCUGCAUCGGAGCACCCAGACCAGUAAUGAUGGAGUGUGUCAGAACAUGUGCCAUGACAAAUACACCAAAAUCUUUAAUGACUUCAAAGACAGGAUGAAAGCUGAUCACAAAAGAGAAACUGAGAGAGUUGUGAGAGAGGCAGUGGAAAAGCUGCGUACCGAGAUGGAAGAGGAGAAAAGGCAGGCUGUAAAUAAAGCUGUCGCCAACAUGCAAGGAGAGAUGGACAGAAAAUGUAAGCAGGUAAAGGAGAAAUGCAAAGAAGAGUUUUUAGAAGAAAUUAAGAAGCUAGCAGGCCAGCACAAGCAGCUGAUAUCCCAGACCAAGAAGAAACAGUGGUGCUACAACUGCGAGGAGGAGGCCAUGUACCACUGCUGCUGGAACACCUCCUACUGCUCCAUCAAGUGCCAGCAGGAGCACUGGCACGCCGAACACAAACGCACCUGCCGCAGGAAAAGAUGAACCGGCCGCCCUCCCCGAGCAAAGCACCCCAUGAUGGCUAUUCUCAGACACAGCGGUUUUUGUUUCCAAGAA